UCAGCGCAAAAGUGGCCUAGGCUUUUCAUAGUUAGCAUGGAGUAAAUGAGGUUUGAAUUUAUUUUUCCACUGCUUCGUAAGCAAUAAUAAUACGCGCAAAAAUAAUGUUUACAAUCUGCUGCCUAUGGGUAAAACUGGGGAUAGGCCCGGUUUUUCAUCAACUUUUAUUAUGUUUCAAAUAAAUUCCAAUAUAUAAGCAAGAAUAUGAAAAAUUGUGGGUUAGGCCAGUUUUGCGCUCACGGUCUCAAUUAUAUUUCUAUUUAUAAUAUUUUAUUCGAUAUUGACCAAAAAGGUUAGUUAUUCAAAGUUGCUUUGUCUGAAGUUCACGAUUCCUUGUGACCUGCCAAGUUAGUGCUUAGACAAAUGAUAAUAAAAUAAAAACAAAAAAAAAGCAAAACGGAUUUGAACAAAAUAAAAUGAAAAUUUAAAAAUUUAAUCAAUAAUGUAGUGAAAGUCAAUUAAGCAUGCAUUUUUUUAGGAUCUAGUCUAAAAACUACUUGGCAGAUCUUGAUAAAAUUUAAACGGGACCACAUGAGAAAUAUUAAUAUUUUUCAAAAGCUUUCAAAUAAGAAAACAAUCAUUAAAAUCGGUUCACAUAUUAAAAAGUUCUGACGCAAAACGCAAAAGAUACAGUCGAAUUAAGAACCUUCUUAUUGAAGUCAGCUAAAACGGAUUCAACGGAAUGUAAACCUAAUUGAAAAAAAAUCUAAUUACAGAGUUGCGUUUAAAUUUACAUUCGUUGGGUAAGUUCUGUAUACCAGUCAGAGAAACCAAGAUAAUUAAAGCAACGCGAAUUCUAUUCUUUACUAUACUUUGAAGCAAGAUAUCAGAAUGAUAACAUUCUAAUUGCAAACGAAUAAUUUCUUUGUGGCAGUAAUCUCAAUGAAUCGAGUCAUCUAGAUUUUUAAGUCAAUGUGAUUCAAUCCCCUAGAUUGUGAAUUUCCUUUAAUAUAACAGACGCAUCCUAUUAUCUAAUUGAAAUCCAGAUGGUACCAGGUUUGGAGACCCGCUGCGGCCUUGGGGGUCCUGUUGUCGGGCUCGCUGCUAUUAUUCAGUUUAAAUGUGGUACCCAAGUAGUACACAACAUGAAGUAUUUUAUGAUAGUUCUUGUAUUUAGUGGCCUUGUCAAAUUUGGCUCCACAAUAAUGUGCUACGAAUGUAACAGCGCUACGAACAGUCUGUGCCUGCAGACCAUUCCUCCUGACACCUUAAAGCGGAACUGCUCCAUACACGACAAGGGCGUGAUCCACACAAUGUGCAGGAAGAUCAUCCAGCACGUCGACGUGCCUCUGAACGGAAAGUAUCCAGAAAGUAGGGUGAUCAGGACUUGUGGCUGGGACGAGAGCAAAUUCAAAAAUGUAUGCUACCACCGCGCAGGAUACGGCGGAAGGCAAGAAGUAUGUUCCUGUCACACCGACUACUGCAACAGCGCUCAAGGACAUCGAAUCACUAAGAUACUACUGUCUACUGUGUUAUUGGUAACGAGCGUGAAGAUAUGUUACUGAAAUUCGUCUAAUACUGAUUUAUCAUAAAGGGCAUUAAUUGUUCCAAAUUUAUUAAAAGAGCUUUUUUUUCUAUGGUGAGAAAUCUUUCUGUUACCCACACUAUCGAAUAAAUAAAUAAAAUAAAAAUGUGACUAA